AUGCAGAUAACCAGAAUUCACCACGACCUCCAUCAACAUCCACUUUUUUGUUCAGAAAAAAUAAUAAAAAAAGGAAAAAGAGAAAGACGAAGACCAGCAAGACCAACUGCGUCGAUAGCGGCUCGAGAUCCUUUCUUCCUUCUUUCGAAGCCAAGUGUUGCAACCGGCCGAAGGCGACUUCUUUUUGCACAUCUGUCAGAGCCAGUGCCAGGUCAACAUGAACAUCAUCUGCAUAUACAAGCUGCGCAUACUGCUUCAUCCAUCGUCUUCUCUUCCGUCUUCAGAUCGUUCCAGGCUUCACUUACAAUGAAUUUCCGCCUCUGGUGUCAUCCUCUUCCUCACAAUGUCAAGAUAAGAGUACAGUACGAUAUUGUAACCCCGGUCAUUUGA